CUGUAACUCUCUUCAAAAUGAAUCUAACAAGACGAAGAGUAUCAUUCCUUCUAUAUUUUUCUGAAUAAUUUCUUCACUUUAUCAGCUGAUCCGCUUUUCUGUUUUUAAAGUAAGGUUGACAAUAUUAAUGCAGUAACAAUAAUAAAAUAAAAUAUAAUAUGUGCGAGGAUAUUGUGUUUGAUUGCUUACAUGCCGAAAUUGUAAACUAUUGUAUAGCCAGCAAUAAUAAACAUGUAGAUCUAUCCACUUUAGAAUAUAUUGGUUUUACUACUGGAUAUAGAUUAAUUGAGAGACUUACACGAGACGCUCCUCGGUUUAAAGAUGAACUUGAAACAAUGAAAUUCAUUUGCACUGACUUUUGGACUUUGAUUUAUAAAAAACAAGUGGACAAUCUACGGACUAAUAAUCAUGGCACAUACGUUGUCCAAGACAAAGCAUUCCGAUUUCUUACUCGAAUCUCAACUGGUUCGCAACAAUUAGAGCACGCACCAAAGUUCGUGGCGUUUACCUGCGGUUUAGUUCGUGGUGCGUUAAGCAAUUUGGGGAUCAACAGUACGGUAACAGCAGAGGUGCAGUCCAUACCAGCUUGUAAAUUUCAUAUAGAAGUAAACAGAAAUUAACAAUUUAAAAAAUUUAUUUAUUUCCCUCAAAAAUGUAUUUGCGACAUACACAACUUUAAGUAAAUUUUAUAUUAAGCAAUA